AUGGCACUAAAUGAAUAUGCUGGGACAUCCAACUAUCAGACUGACGAUCUUUCUGGUGAAGCCUAUAUUCGAUUAAAUGUCGGUGGAGCUCUUUUCCAGACAUCAUCUGGAACUCUAACAAAAAGAGAUACGAUGCUGAGAGCGAUGUUUUCUGGAAGAAUACCAUUACGACGAGAUGCUGAUGGAUGGGUGAUUAUUGAUCGAUCUGGUCGUCAUUUUGGUUUGGUUUUGGAUUUUUUGAGAGAUGGUUCCAUUCCUCUUCCUCCUUGCCGAUAUGAAGUAGAACAAAUUCUCAAUGAAGCCAAAUAUUACCUUAUCCAAGAUUUGGCUGAGAUUUGCUCUACAUGGCUCUCGGCUCAACGCAGAUCCGAUACAACUUUACCUUCAAUCUGUUACUUACCAACAGUUAACACUAAACAAGAAGUCGAGGCUAUUAUCAAUGCAAACAAAAAGCCUGUCAUCAAAUUCAUGAUCAAUCGUCAUAAUAAUAAAUACUCGUACACAUCGCAAUCUGAUGACAAUAUCUUGAAAAAUCUCGAACUUUUUGAUCGUCUUUGCAUCAAAUUUCACGAUCGAAUUGUUUUUGUGAAAGACCUUGGCUCGGAAAGUUCUGAAGUGUGUCAAUGGAAAUUUUAUGGAAAAGGGAUUUUGAGAGCCGAGGUUUGCUGCACGAGCAUCGUCUAUGCAACUGACAAAAAGCAGACAAAGGUUGAAUUCCCGGAUUCGAAAAUUUACGACGAGGCGAUGUGCAUCCUUCGCUACGAGGAGCCGGGCUUGUGUGUACGAUGUGGAGGGGAUUGCUCGGCGCAUUCAACUCCAACCGGCCCACAUCCACCUCGACCAUUCGAUGAGCCCCCC